AACGAAAUGUUUGAAAACAAGGAAUCUGAUAAAUUCAGUUAUUUAUUUACUAAGCUUCCAAGUUAAAGUCUCUUCCAAAAAUAUCGAUUGAAACUGGAGAAAUGGAUUCCACUACGAGGAUAGAGCAAGCAAGUGAAGCUGAACGCAUCCGGUGUUGGAUUUGUUCGGCAAAGUUUUUCGAUAGUGAGCAACAGUAUCAAGAUCAUACCGAGAAAAUCCAUCAAGGAUUCCGUUAUCGAUGCGAGGAAUGUCCAAACGAAAUACUCUUUCGAGAGAUCACCGACGCCCGAAAUCAUGUGGACGAGCUACAUGACCUCAACCUGCAAGAAUGCCCCUCCUGCCAAAACACCUUCAACGAGUUCAACCUGCGGAAGCAUUUGAGAGAAGCUCAUGGUGAGACUCGACAGUACAAAUGUGCUCUUUGUGAAAAUCGCAAAACGUUCGAUGAUCGCGACACCUACGAGCAACAUAUUCAGGAUCAACACCAAGGCCACCGCGUGAAGUGUCCCAUCUGCCAUCGGAUGCUGAAGAGCAAACUGAAGCCCCACCUGGACUACAUCCACUCGGAAGGAACGGCAAAGUGUUACAUCUGCAACAAGCAGUACAGCAACAAGUACAAACUGAUGCGGCACCUAAAGUGCCACAUGGAUCCCAAGGUGCCGGGAGCGCAAGUGCGCUGCGAACGAUGCGAUGAAACAUUCGAAAGUGUGGCCAAACUGAACUACCACAAGGCGAAGCAUCAAACGAAGGUGUUCCAGUGCGAUAAAUGUUCCAAGAUGUUCUACCGACAAGAAGCUCUGGAACAGCAUCAAAAAGUGCACGAGGCGAAGCGAGAUGAUCUAAGAUAUACUAGAACAGAUCAGAGCCAACUAGAUUAUCCUUCGUUGUAUCGAAAGCAAAUGAAGGGGGAAAAGCUUGGUGAAGUUAUCGAACAAAUCAAUUAAACUGAUUAGAAGGACAUCGAUUGCAAGGAUUGAAAUCUACAGUGUUUCAAUAAGAUCGCAGCAAGCUGUGGGCGCGGGCGACUGCAUUUUGAAUUUUCUGUCACGUUUAUUUCGGUUUCUCAAAUUUUUGAUUCAGCUGGUGAAAAAUAUAUUCGGCUGAAGGUGUCAUUCCGAUUGUAAAUAUUCUUUGUAAAGUGAUAAAAGUGUUUUAUUUUUGAGAAAAUAAAUUCAUAGAUGGCUUGUGUUA